AUGGAGUGGACAAAGCAAGAUGCAUUUUAUUGCAAUGGUGUUCUUAUGGCUCCCACUAGAUAUGGGACUUCUACUCUGCGGAAUCAUAAAGAUAGUUGUUUGGAAAAGAUACAAAAGGGUGAGCUGAUAGUCGACCAUCUAUCAUCUUCUGGAGGCCAGGUACACACUCUUGGGAAUUGGAAAUUCGAUCAGAUUGAUGCUAGGAGAGCUUUAGCGGAGAUGAUUAUCAUAGAUGAAUUACCAUUUAGGUAUGUUGAACAUGAAGGGUUCAAACGGUUUAUGGCUCGUGUUUGUCCAAUGUUUGUGUUACCUAGCCGUCAGACCGUUAGAGAGGAUUGUAUCAAGGUGUUCUUUGAAAAUAGAGAGUUGCUGAAGGACUAUUUCAAGACUAAGUGUUUAGGGAUGGUAUCGCUCACCACUGAUACUUGGACUUCUUUGUCCAAUCUCAAUUAUAUGUGCAUUACUGCUUAUUUCAUUGGUAGAGAUUGGAAAUUGCAUAAAAGAAUUAUUAACUUUGUCCAAGUUAGAAAACAUUCUGGAAGUGAAAUUGGAAAACAGUUGGCUAGUUGUUUGGUGGAGUGGGGCAUUAGGAAGGUGUUUUGUAUAACAAUGGACAAUGCUAGUGGCAAUGAUGUGGUUGCUAUCCAUAUGAAAGAACAGUUGAAAGAGUGGGGAUCAGAUAUUUUGGAAGGAAAAUAUCUGCAGAUGAGGUGUGUGGCUCACAUUAUUAAUUUGGCUGUGAAGGACGGGCUUAAAGAAACUGGUAAAUCUGUGGAGCGAGUGAGAGAGUCUGUGAAGUUGGUUAAAUCUACACCAGCUAGGAGCAGAAAAUUUAAAGAUUGCAUUGAGUUUGAAAAGAUAGUGUCGAAGAAAUUUGUUUCGUUGGAUGUAGCUACAAGGUGGAACUCAACGUAUCUGGUGUUGGAAUCUGCAAAGCCAUUUGAGAAAGCAUUUCAGACAUUAGCUAGAAAUGAUAAGAAAUUCAAGAAACAUCUCAAUGAAAAAAAAUAUGGAAAUGAAAGUCUUGGUAUCACAACUUCUGAUGAUUGGUCUAGUGUGGGACGGUUGAUUGAUUACCUGAAACUAUUCUAUGAUUUGACUGUUCGAGUUUCUGGGACUUCAUAUGUGACUUUACACCUCUUGUUUGAUGAGGUAUGUGAAAUGUAUACUAUGAUAUCUGAGUGGGCUGAUGGUAUAGAUUUUGAGGUGUCUUGCAUGGCUGAUAGAAUCAAGUCCAAACUUGCCAAGUAUUGGUUAGAAGAUGAGUUGGAGAAUUCCAAGAUGAAUCGGUUGUGUUAUAUGGCAGUCAUAUUAGAUCCUAGGCGGAAAGUUGAAUAUCUUGAACAAGCUUUAAAAAAGGUAUAUGGUGAGAGCAGGGGUAAAGCUUUGGUCGAAGAGGUGAAAGAUGAAAUGCGUCUUCUGUUUGACCAUUACAAGCAUAAACUCGGAAUUCAUGGAAGUUCUCCCAUUGUGAUUCAAGAAGAUGAGCAAGAACCUAGUGGAAGUGGGGAUAGGAAGAAGAAAGGGAAGAUUUGGGGUGAUUUCAGGAAAAUGAAAAGAGAUGCCAUUCUGAAAGGAACCAGAAAAAGUUCCAAAUCUGAGUUUGAUAGGUACCUUGAGGAGGAGGAGGAGGAGGAGGAGGAGGAGGAGGAUGAUGAAGUGGUUACACGAGCAUUGGUGGGUUCAGAAGAGGAUGAAUACAAGUUUGACAUCUUGGGAUGGUGGUCGCGAAGUGGGAUGAAAUAUCCUACUAUUUCUGAGAUGGCUAGGGAUAUUCUUGUUGUUCCUAUUUCCACUGUUGCUUCUGAGUCGGCAUUCAGCACAGGAGGUUGA